AGAAUCAACUAUAAAGACCGGUACCAUUAAUGUUCAUCCCCAAGUGAUUGUAUCAUCUCUACAUCAAAUAGUAUAAAACCACACAUAGUUCCUUCAAAUCAGUCAUCAUUGAUCAAACUCUUCCAAACAAUCAAAACCCUUUUCCUUCUCAUCUCCAAAUCUCCCAGAACUACAGUUUCACUCAAACCCCUCUUGCUUUUCCAAACAUAGAAUCAAUCAAGACGCUGCUUUUGUUGACACCAUGGUUUUGAUUUCAGGUCUUCCUGAUGAAGUAGUCUACGAUUGUCUUAUUCGUGUCAAGUACGAUCAGUUUCCGACUAUAACGUCUGUUAGUAAAAAUUGGAAAUCAGAGGUUGAGCUACCGGAGUUCCAUCGCCUAAGAAAGAACGGUGGUUAUGGCCAGAAGCUCAUUGUGAUGCUCCAAGCACGUGUUGCUCCCAACCAAGGUGCUGCUCCCGGUGCCUUCAAGUGCCUGCAAAACCCGCUUUACCGGUUCACUGUCUGUGAACCGGAUUCCGGUGAUUGGAGAGAGUUCCCGCCAAUUUCUGUUUUCCCCGGUGGGUCUCUACCCAUGUUCUGCCAGUUUGCGGCGGUCGGGACCGAUUUGGUGGUGCUCGGCGGUUUAGACCCGGUGACGUGGGGGAGCUCUAAUUCGGUCUUCGUCUACAACUUCAUGACCGCCACGUGGCGGCGCGGAGCAUAUAUGCCGGGUGGAUCCCGCAUAUUUUUCGGGUGUGCGUCAGACUCUAAUCGGAUGGUUUUUAUUGCCGGCGGACACAAUGAUGAGAAAAUUGCUUUGAAAUCGGCGAUAGCGUAUGACGUGGCAAAAGACGAGUGGAUUAUGUUGCCAGACAUGGAAAAAGAGCGCGACGAGUGCAAGACAGUUUUCCAACACGGUAAACUCCACGUCAUCGGUGGCUACUGCACUGAAAUGCAAGGUCGUUUUGAGAGGAGUGCUGAGACAUUCGACACCUCCACGUGGCAGUGGAACUGCGUACAAGAGGAAUUCUUACAAAGCAAUGUGUGUCCCCGAACUUGCGUUAUUGGCAGCGAUGGGUUAGUGUACAUGUGCCGCGAUGGUAAUCAGGUGAUCAAACAAACAUUUGGUAAGUGGCAAACCGUGGCCGAGUUGCCAACCGAAGUGCGCAACCCAGCCUCUCUAGCAGCGUGGCAUGGCAAAUUAUUAGUGAUUGGAAGUGCCGCGUUCGGUGAGCCCCACAUGGCUUACAUAUUUAGUUUGGAAAAUAACACCUGGAGUAAGAUAGAGACCCCUGAGAAGUACUCCGGUCAUGUACAAUCAAGUUGCUAUUUGGAGAUUUAGACACCGUUGAGGACUUGAAACUAUGUCACUUGUAAAUUAUGCUAAGGAAUAUGUGAAAUAGUUCAGUUUGGCAAACCAGAAUGUAGUGAACCUCCCUUUUUGUGCAAGGUUGAUACAUUGUCUCUUCAA